GUGAGGGAUCGCGUUCGGAAGGACGUCCAAACAAACCGUAGCAUAGCCCGCAGAUAAACGCGAAUAUUUUCGGAUCAGUUUUUACAUGACUUGUACUAUUGUAAAUGUAUUUAUGCUGCUGCAUUAUAGAAGCCACACGUCGCAUUGAUUUGAAUUUGGUAUAAUGGUGUAGUCCAACUUUACCGCAGCGUGUCAAAUAAUAUGCUAAAGUCUGAACUGUAGAAUUGUAACAAGGGACUGAUGUCGGCAAAAACGAACACUAGCAAAUAUAAAGAUAGCGGCGAAGUGGUUAAAAACUACCACAAGCAAGCGUUUGAGUAUAUAUCCAAAGCACUACGGAUUGACGAAGAUGAUACAGGAGAGAAGGAUGAGGCUCUACAGUGGUACAAGAGGGGGAUUGUUGAGCUCGAAAGCGGCAUCGCAGUGACGAUAACAGGACAAGGAGAGCAGUAUGAGCGGGCCAAGAGACUUCAGGAUAAAAUGAUCACCAACCUCACCAUGGCUAAAGACAGACUUGCUCUUUUAGAGGCCACAUUGGCUUCUAAAGGCAGAGGUCAACCCCAAAAUGCGUCAAAUAAUGCUCAGAAACAAACAAAACCGCUUCCUAAAAGCGAGCCUAAGGUCCGAGGGAUGCCCAAAAAUAUCAGGCCCUCCACAGCAGGAAGACCACCUUGUAGAACCACUGAUUCAAAGGUAACCCCACAGGUGAUUAGACCUUCAAAACAGCCUCAUAAGAGGGAGCUGAAAAAUUUCAAGAAUGUGGACAGCAAACUGGCAAACAUGAUCCUGAAUGAAAUUGUAGACACUGCGGUGUCUGUAACAUUUAAUGAUAUUGCGGGCCAGGAUCUGGCCAAACAAGCACUCCAGGAGAUUGUCAUUCUUCCCGCCUUAAGACCAGAGCUCUUCACUGGCUUGAGAGCUCCAGCACGAGGUUUGCUCUUAUUUGGUCCACCUGGAAAUGGGAAAACCAUGCUGGCUAAAGCAGUUGCAGCAGAGUCAAACAGCACAUUCUUCAACAUGAGCGCAGCCAGUUUGACAUCUAAAUUUGUGGGAGAGAGCGAGAAGCUUGUCCGAGCAUUGUUUGCAGCUGCCAGGGAAUUACAGCCAUCUGUCAUCUUUAUUGAUGAAGUUGACAGCUUGCUUUCUGAAAGGCGGGAGGGUGAACAGGAGUUCUCCCGUCGUUUAAAAACUGAGUUCCUCAUUGAAUUUGAUGGGGUCCAAUCUGGAGGAGAUGACAGGGUGCUUGUCAUGGGAGCCACAAACAGACCUCAGGAGCUAGAUGAAGCAGUUUUAAGGCGCUUUGCAAAAAGGGUCUACGUGACAUUACCUGAUGAGAAGACGAGGUCCACGCUUCUGCAGCAUCUUUUAUCAAAGCAUGGGAGUCCGCUGAGGAAAAAUGAGCUGAGCUGUCUUGCAAAAGCAACUGCAGGAUAUUCUGGAAGUGAUCUGACAUCCUUAGCAAAAGAUGCUGCACUUGGGCCAAUUAGAGAAUUGGGACCAGAGCAAGUCCGGCACAUGGUUGCUAGUCAGAUGCGCAACAUCAAGAUGAAAGACUUUGAGGAUUCCCUGAAGCGCAUUAAGCCCAGCGUUAGCCCAGCAACUCUCAAUAUGUACAACCAAUGGAACAAAGACUUCGGUGACACAACCGCAUUUUGAAUUUAGUUCAGUUAUACAUUAGAAUGAAGGG